GUCACUCGCGCGCAUCUGCUGUGGAGCCGCAGCGGGAGCGCCGACCGGCGUUGCACGGAGCAGCUCCGCGCUUCCACGGGAGAAUGAGCUCGUUCACCGCACCCUGCUGCGCGGCGCCGCGCUCCAGCGCUCCGGUCCACUCACUCGCCUUAGACUAGUAGCCGAGCGCAAACUGCGCUGUCGCUUCUUUCCCUGCCUUCCCACGUCUCCCUCCCUCCAGGAGUGCGAUCAUGCCGUGCGACUCGUGAGCCAGCCAAGACCAUGGAUGCGGUGGACGCGCAGAGCCGGAGAGGUGAGCAGUUCAACAACAACGGCAGCGUGGAGGAGAGGUACCGCGCUCUGGCGUACGACACUGCGCUCAGCACCCUGCUCGCCGUGCUCGUCUACGUGCUCCUCAAAGUCACUUUGGACGGGAUCCGGCAGUGGCGCGCCAGGGUCUCCGUGCUCGUGGUGGGCUCCGGUCCCGUCGGGCUCACGGCCGCCCUGGUCGCUGUCCGCUCCGGCAAGGUGCUGAAGCUGACCGUGCUGGACGAGCGCUCCAGGACGGCUCUGCUCUGCAGACCCCAGCAGAUCGCCCUGGACCCCCGCAGCGUUCAGUUCCUCCUGGGGCUCGGCGUGGAUUUCGAUAACAUGGAAGGGUGCUGGCACAGCGAGCACUUCUUCACCAAGAUCGGCGUUUUCCAGGAGUAUCUGCUGAGCAUCCUGGAGCAGAAGAAGCAGAGAGUCGAUGUUAAAGUACACCUGGGCACCAAGUUCACAGAUGACUACUUGAGGAGGAUCCCUGCGCCGGACUGGCCACGCAUUAUUGUGGUGGCUGAUGGCUCCUGCGGCGACUCCUGCUCUGUGCUGGGAAUCAGCUCUGACUACAUUGUGGAGUCUUGCAACGCCUAUGGAGCCAAUGCCACCAUCGAGAGGCUCGACCAAAGACAGGUCCCCACACCUGAGAUAAGGGCUCACAGUUUGUAUUUUGACCUGUCUGCCUACGGAGUUGAUGCCGUCAAAGAGACCCGCAGUUCAGCACAGGCCACCGUCAAGCCCGGGUUCCACCUGAAGAUAUACGGGACAUUCCGCAACCGCUACAUGGCCUUGGUUUGCCCAGCAUCGGAUUCCAAGAUGGUUCGCUUCUUGCGGCACACCGCCAACUCCUCAGUCAUGAAGAACAUCUUUCACCAGUCUUUCAACGCCUACAAGACGGACAUCGAGCCGCGGCUGAACGACCUCACGCUGCAUCACAUGCAGUGCAGUCGCAAGCUGUUCGAAAUCAUGCUGUCGCACCGGCGGGUCAGCGCCGCCUACAUCGAGGGUGACAACGUGGCAGUGACCGUUGAGGGUGAGGCUGCGCGUGUCUUGAACUUUGAUACAGGCUGCGGGGUCAACCUUGGCUUGAGGGGCCUGGAAUCACUGGGGACUUUCAUCUACAAGACGGCCACGGCUCUAGACCAGAACGACAUCUUCGAGGCCCUUUCGGCCAAGAUCCAGCACUCCAAACAGGUGGCGGAAACGUUCAGGCAAACGGGACUGGCCUCGACCAUGUUCGAGUGACUGAGCCGGAAAUGAAGGGUCACGGCGGAGAUGACCGCGCAGAGUAAAUAGCGCUGCAGUAAUCGAAGCGACGCUGAUGGACCCGAGAAAAACGGACACGCGGCGGGGAGUACGGGUAAGACGAACGAGGGAAAGCGGAACAGAAGAGCCGUGUGUCUAAAAUGAAUAUACAUUUGUAUGUCUCACUGAUUUUUGAAGCAUGUCUUAUGCGAUCAGUUCAUAUGUGACUUGGGGAAAGUGAAGACACGAAUACAGCAAAAGAAGAUGGAUUCACCAUGCUAAGUAUGUGCUAGAAAUGACUUGUUCCGCACGCGAACUCUCUCUAGAUGUAUCGGACCCUGUGCGUUGUCAUGGUGUUACCCCGAGGCCUGGCAAACCUUUUCACUUACUUUACUGUGACUGUCUGGAAAUGAUUUUCUUGUGAUACUGCUUUUUUUAUGGAGUGAUUUGAGAGUACAACACUUUCUGGAAUAAUGGGCACACUGAUAAAUGUCAAAUGUGAAUGCUGCUGAAUCUCGGUAGACCUGCGCAUUACUAAUCAUGCAGCCUCGCAAUACAGCAUAACGUUGAGUUUUUUGUUCUUUAUUCUCCAGCCGGCCUUUGCUCGGAAACCACACUAUCGGCAUUUGCGACGAAGAGCUAAAUGAUUGCUUGAGAGCAGAAUUAACUGUUUGUCUGUCUUCGACUUGAUUAUUACAGCAAUGUGUUACCGUGUCUGACGUAUUUAUAUCACGGUGGUCUUUCUCCUUUGAAAAGCCCGCAGCAGCAGCAGCCUCCACUGAAGUCUAUUGACUAUAUGUGAGUGAAUAUGUGCAUCUGAGUGACACUGGUGUUUGCUGACUGUACUGGUGACCCCAGCAGAGACACACUAAUGGAAAAAUGUGCUAUUAGGUGGAUUAGGGUCAUCGGCCUCCUGGAAAGUGCCUCACAGAUCAAAGCAUAAAAGCUAUGUUAUUGUACACUUAAAGAAUGUAUUAAUCUUUCUACCAGCUCAAGUGUUUUAUAUCAAUAUCUGUGCAUUGCCCUGACUGAAAAAUGCUCGUGACUUGAACUUUUCUUGCUCUCCUCUCAAGAAUGAUUCAAUGUAUAGGGGCAGCAUAUACAUUUCUUACAAAGAUAGACAAUAAAACA